AUGGAUGUGUUGAUGGCGAGGCAUAUCACUGAGCUUUUUUCAGGCAGUAUGAGUUGUUACGAGCAGCAGGCUAGCCAUGCGUGCUCGCUCAGACGCUGCGGGCGUCGGCGAGAAACCGCAAGCGCAGAGUUGGUGAUUCAGGCGGAGCAGAGAGCCAAGAUGCGCGCCGUCUCGAGCGACUGUGACUGCUUCCGAACCACACCUUGAGGAAUCAUGCGGAAGGCUCACUGGGGCAGAAACAUAGCUGACGACGCUUGGGCUUGUGUCUCUUUGCUUGGAUGUCAGCAGAACCGAUCAGCCAUGA